UGUGUUAACAAUUAUCUCUCCCAAAGGUCUAUGAGGGAGAAAGCUAAAUCAUUCAUAGGGGUCAUGGGAAAAGGUCACAACCAAGAGGUCUUGAGGUAAUGACUUUUCCGAGCUUGAACUAGGCAGAAUAAACAAACCUUCAGGGGUCUCCUAUUACUUAUCGAGGGGGAACAGAGUCCUCUGGAAUGUGCACGUCUCGGCGAUGUGUAUAAGAAGAGACGAGUCGACGAAGAAGGCAGCAUUAAGUCAGAGACUUCUCAUAAGGAGGGUUCAGACUUUGCUCCACUCAGCUGGGUGUUUCCAUGACUUGUUUGAUGUGAUUACUUAUUUGUUCCAUGACUUAUUUGUCUAGUUGAAUCACUUGUCCACUUGUUUGUACCUGGCUCACAUUCUGAUCAUUUGUGAACUUGUUACUAUAUAAUAAAGUGUGAUAAGACCACCGUGCUUAGAAUACUUUUGAUUUCUCACAAGGCAUCGGAACAUUUAUUCCACCACAAAUUGGCGACGAGGAUUUGGAUGGACGCGCAGCGCUGGACUCCGACGGACGGUCAGAAGGCCAUAAGAUAGAUGAUUCCUCCCGAGGGUGAGAAGCUGCCGUUCUGCGGAGACCAGGACUGCCGAUCCAACCCAGUUGAAGUAACAACGAAAAACACGCGCACUUCACACACAGGUGAAAGCUGCACUUCCCUCACCAGCCACUGCGAUCCAGCAUCACCUGAAACCAGGAGACUGGGUGCUCAUCAAGGAUCACAGGAGAAAGCAUUGGAAGCAGAGACGCUACACGGGUCCCUUCCAAGUACUCCUGACCACAGAGACGGCGGUGAAAGUGGAAGGAAAAGCAACGUGGGUCCACGCUAGCCACUGCAAACGCAUCCCAAACCCAGAAGGAGAAGGAGCAGCUGCUACGGGUCCGGACUAAAGGGGAAGGGUGAGAAAAGCGAGCGCCUUCCUCCAUCAAGUAGUGUGCCAAGCUACCGACAAGCGCACCAUUAGCAGUGACGUAACCAAGCACCUCACUCAUUUUAUGUGGCUGGGAAGAGAGAGGAGGGGAGCAAGCCCAUAGUUUCUCAAACCGCAAAGCUGUCAUAUAUAAAUCAGUGUGGUAGGAGGCGAAAUCAUGUGCGAAGGUGUAGCCACCCAAGAAGCAGCAGCGAUGGAAGAAAGAUCUCCAGCAUCACGGCCCCCCUUUAAGAAGCAUGGGUGCAGCCAGAGCAAAAGCAUCCACUCACUACUCUUUCUAACCACAAUAGCAAUUAUCUUGUUCCUUAUCUAUAAAUUGCAAUCACAUAACAUAGACGGCAAAGAUACUAGCCCUUUCCAUCUCUCCAGGAAGUGGCAGGAAGGGAAAAAAGUUUUCCACUGCCCAGCUGAACAAUGUGAUGCGAACAAUUGUUCACUCUCCUCAAUAGAGAAUGAUACUUGGGUUAAUGUAGAGAAUCAACUUCGCCUAAUAGUAUGUGAUGGGAGGGUACGAAGAGACAGAGUCUGUACUGUAUGGAUGCAUAAAGAGUAUGAUUCCACAGUUUUUCCGUUGUGGUGCAGUAAACCAAGGUCGUGUCAGGAGAAACCGGCCUACAGGGGCACGAGUGACUGGAGGGAGUUGUGUGAAGGGGCUAACCAGCAGGUCAGUAAAGCACAGCCAAAUACAGCACCAGUUGAACACCUGUACGAUACAAUUAAACCACAACCCUUGAUUUCAGUCAAGCCGACCCCGCUUCCCGACCAGGGAACAUGGAGGCCAGGGACAAUCACCUUCAAAUGUCCAAGAGAGGAAUGUGUAGAUGGAAGUUGCACAGUAUACAUACUACAGCUCAAAAGGCCAUUUGCAGGUUACUGGUCAGCCCUGAGCACAAAACACGUUAGGACUCAGUGUAAAACAAAGGACACAUGUUCAGUUAAGUUAAGUGCUGAAUACGAUGAUACGUGGGAAAUACCAUACUGGUGCCGUCAACCUACCAACUGCGUCACAGAACCAGCCAGCUACACCCGAAUCGAUUGGAGAUAUGCUUGCGAAAUAGGUUUAGAGUUGAAGAAACUUCCAACACGCACACCACCUCAGGAACAUGGCAACGUUGCACUAACUAUCAUGACAGAGUUUGCUGGUGAAAGUAAUGUCUCUAAUUGUUGGAUAUGUCAGCAUAUGCCCAUUUCAUCCAGGUCUCCUAUGCUGAUUCCAGUUCCCUUCACGGAAGCCGACUGGAGCGUUAUGGGAUGGCCUGACAUAGCUCGUCAAUUCGUGAGCAAUGAUGAACACUGUUACACUCCGACAAUAGACACUUCCACUAACACAGAGAACAUUGUUAGAAAUAAUGGUGAAAAAGGAAAAGUUAUACAAUUUGCAGUGAAAACAUUUAAUGAUAAAAAUAGAACUGAAGGUACUAAUCAAGUAGCAUUGUUUAGACUAAGCUAUUACAAAAGAUACGUCCAACAAGGGCUAAGAUAUCAAAUGCAAAUGACUCUUGCUGAAACUAAUUGCACAGUAGGAAGUAAGGAGAUAAGUUCAAUGUGUACUCUUCAGCCAAACACAGCAUCUAUUCGAUUAGAAAUAGGUGUACAGAGCAUACCUUGGGCUAAUACACUAAAAGUCACACAUAUGUCUUGGACAAGACAUAAUUGUACUCAACCUCUAAUUCCGAUUAGACCUAGGAAUAGAAAUUGCACUAACCUACAACCACCCAUUCCAGUACAUCCCCUGACCAAGGUCAGCCGCUGCAUUAAUUUCUAUGCAUUUGGGGGCUAUUUCUUGGGAGCAAGUGACUGCACUAACGAUUCGGUUAGAUACGUUAGUGAAAAUAAAGAGUUGUCAUUACCUGAACAAGCUUAUCUAGUGUGUGGAAACAUCGCCUAUAGCUGUGUCCCAGUAAUAGGAGACGUCCAUAAGAGGUCGCUGGAGGGGAAAUGCUACUUAGCCUAUCUUAUACCUUUGAUUAGACGAGCUGACUCCAAGGAACUCGCUCCAUCUCACGUACGUCAGAAACGAGCAAUUUCCUUAGGUUCAAGGAUAUUAAGCGUGAUAUUACCAGCAUAUGGCACCUAUAGGAGUCAAGAGGAAAUUGCAACACUCUCAACAAUAUUAGAGAGGCACAUGAACAAAACAUCAAUAGCACUCACUGCCAUGCAAAAAGAAAUAGAUGAGAUCAAACACAUGGCACUCCAAAAUAGAAUGGCUCUAGAUCUUGUUCUGGCCGCACAGGGAGGAGUAUGUAAAGUCAUUAAUACUGAAUGUUGCACUUACAUUUCAGAUGCAAGUUCUGCGGUUCACGAUGUGAUAACAGACACGGAACAAGGAAUUGAGGAGUUGCAUAAAGACCAUGGCUGGAAUCCCUUUGGGGGGAUGCAGGCAUGGUUAGGAUCAUGGGGAGCUUCUCUUCUCAAGGGAUUGGUAUGGAUAAUAGCAGUCAUCAUUCUUGUUAUAAUUACUAUCACCCUAAUCACAACCGCUUCUAAGAUUUGUGUCCGGAAGAUAGUUACAACUCACGCAUCAGGUCAGCACAUGACCACACCGGUAGAACUCCCAGUCCGAAAAAGGAUUCCACAGUAUCUUGACAGCUCUGAUAGUGAUAAUGAGCUUGAGGACAAUGUUUAAGCAAGCAAUGUAUUUACACAGUAGAUUUAGCAAACUAUAAUCAAUUUUGUAUGUACUUCUUUGAGGUUGAUGAUGUGAUGUUUUGAAAUCUUUGUGAAUCUACACCACGGAUGUAUGCUCUAAGAAUGUUUUAACAUUUUGUUACU